AUGGUAAAAAUUCCGAGCGGCGCGGUCCCACCGCGACUUUGUGUCAUUGAGAAGUUGAACGGCGAGACGGAAUACGGCUACAACUUGCACGCCGAGAAGGGACGUGGACAAUUCGUAGGAAUUGUCGAUGCGAACAGUCCGGCUGAGAGAGGAGGAUUGAUCACCGGAGAUCGUAUUUUCGCCGUCAACGGUCACUCAAUCAUCGGUGAGAACCACAAGAAAGUGGUCGAACGUAUCAAGGCAAACCCGAAUCGUUGCGAGAUGCUCGUCAUCUCAGAGGAAGGAGCAAAGUUGUAUCAAGAGCACAAUAUUCCAAUCACUUUGGAUCUUCCAAAUGUGGAACGAGUUUCUCAAAAGGUUAGUUCGUGA